AUGAAUAUUUGUUCAUUGGAACUACUCCCACCGUAUUCAGAUGGUUUCACUGUAGAUGAAAAGAUCACUGAAAUUGUUGAAACAAUUCAAUUUGUAUUCGUAUGUUUCACAUUCCCAUUUUAUUGCAUGAUUGUGUAUUUCCUUUUUGAAUCUCAAGCAAAACAUAUUGAUGAGUUACGAAGUCCGUUUUAUAAAUUAUGUAUCUCGACAGCAGUUGUUGAUCUAUGUUAGUUAAUUUUUUUGGAAGUUUUUAUGGUAGCACUAUCGUGAGCAUAAAAAUGUUUAGAAUCACUUUGUCACCAUGUUUUAAUACUUUCAGGGACAUUAUCCACGAAUUAUCUUGGGGCAAUGUUUCCCAAAUGGGGUUGGGGUGUUCCGAUUUACAUUGGUCUUGGUAGUUUCUACACUCAUGUUUAUUUAUAUUUUGCAUGGAGUACUGGAGUUUGCCAGGCAAUGUCAGUAUCGGUUCUAGCUGCGAAUAGACUAACUGCUCUGACGUUUCCAGAUUCAUAUGAGAAGGUAUUAUUUUUUCUCUAGACUUAAUAUGUCCCUCUCGAAGAACAAAAUGUGUAAAUAUUCAGAUUUGGAAUGGUAAACGUAUGCAGAUUGCUUAUGGUUUACAGUUUAUUCUUGGACUUUUAAUAGGUCUUGCAACUUUUACCAAUCCUGCUGUUUUAUACAGAACUGAAAAAUUGGGAGUUGUCCCAGCUUUCACCAAGUAAGUCAUUUUGAAUUUGAACAUUUUCAAACAGUAAUUCAUAAUAGUGGUGAGUUGACUACAGUUUUCUUUAUCAUUGGUGGAUUAUUUCUUUUCGCCAAUUGUAUCUACCUAAUUUGUUCGUACUGUUAUCUUUUCUAUCGAUUACGUCUUCGAAAUAACCAACAAAAUAUUGGAAUUCGAAUAAUGAUGAAUCAGAGAAAACGCGAGAAAGCGAGAAAAAGUGAAUAUCGAUUAUUUAUCAUGAGCAAUAUUGUUGUUGGAGUUCAGAUUUCGGUUUGUUUUUUAUUUUUUCUCGAAGCGACUCAAUUGGUAACAUUGCCCUCUGAUACAUUUUAUCUUUUUUAUAAUGCUGCGAGGUAA